UCCCCGGUGGUCGGGACGCUCCAUACCUGACCCGGCAAAAACGCCUGGCUGCAGCGAGUGGGACUGUGGACUGCCCCGGGCCUUGGGUCACCGAGGCUGCGGGUCCUCCUCGCACUCCGUGGCCAGGGGAUCGGACAGUCCGCCUAACACUGAAAUUGACCAAUUUUGACAACAUGUAGUGCUGCAUUGUGCCUGAUGGGAUAUGAUCAAUCAUGGCAUCCGAACUUUGUAAGACGAUCACUGUGGCAAGGCUUGAAAAGCACAAGAAUUUGUUCUUAAAUUAUAGGAAUCUGCACCAUUUUCCAUUGGAGUUACUGAAAGAUGAAGGACUGCAGUACUUGGAGAGACUCUAUAUGAAAAGGAACUCCCUUACCACCUUGCCAGAAAACCUUGCUCAGAAGCUUCCAAACCUUGUGGAACUGUACCUUCACUCAAAUAACAUAGUAGUGGUUCCAGAAGCUAUUGGGUCCCUUGUAAAACUCCAGUAUCUGGAUCUUAGUGACAAUGCCUUAGAAAUUGUUUGCCCAGAAAUUGGUCGUCUGAGAGCUUUACGUCAUCUUCGAUUAGCUAAUAAUCAACUGCAAUUCCUACCUCCAGUACCUCACUGUGGACCGCAAUCGUCUAUGGUAUGUGCCGCGCCAUCUCUGCCAGCUGCCCAGCCUCAACGAACUCUCCAUGGCUGGAAAUCGUCUUGCAUUUUUGCCACUUGUUGUAUGGCCAUCUGCAGUGUCAAAUUUGGCUCUGCCAUUUUGGAUUCAAAAACUCCUUUGGACACUCUAGUUGGCCUCUUUCAGUGCAUCUCUCCAUUUUCCCAGCAGGGUCUGCCUGACACGGAUUUAGGUCGAUCUCGAGAACUGCAAUACGUAUAUGUGGAUAACAACAUUCACCUGAAGGGCUUGCCAUCUUACCUGUACAAUAAAGUCAUCGGGUGCAGUGGCUGCGGAGCCCCCAUCCAAGUGUCUGAGGUAAAGCUGCUCUCCUUUUCAUCGGGGCAGCUGACUGUCUUCCUCCCAGCUGAGGUGAAGGCCAUAGGGACAGAGAACGAUCACAUCCUGCCUCUGCAAGAGCUGGCCAUGAGAAGUCUGUAUCAUGCCUACCACAGAUUUCUAAAAGAUCUGAACUUUUUGUCUCCAAUCUCAUUACCCAGAAGUCUCCUGGAGCUGCUGCACUGCCCCCUGGGGCACUGUCACCGGUGUAGUGAGCCCAUGUUUACCAUCGUCUACCCCAAGCUUUUUCCCUUGAGAGAGACGCCGAUGGCAGGGCUGCACCAGGGGAGGACAACUGUUAGUUUUGUGGCUUACUGCUGCUCCACCCAGUGUCUGCAGACUUUUGACCUGCUGAGUUGAUAAACACUCAAGAGCCUCAGGAGCACUGCCAGCUUGACACCAAGGCCGCCUCUGAGUCGCACACUGUGUGCGGCAGGGCUUGGAUAGUCCAGCCAGGGCAGAACAGGCCCUUCCAUCCUGUCCUGUCUCAUGCGGGGGCAUGCAGAACUCUCUGGAAAUGUCAUAUUGAGCUGCACAGCUAAAACGCCUUCACCCUUCCCCCAAGUUGGAAUAUAUCCUCCCCCAAAUUAAGGACAUCCUGUCUUCUGUGUUUUUUCUUUUUAUGUGAAUGUGUCUCAUACGUAAACUAUUUAGUUUGAUGAACCUCCACACGUCUAAUUUAAAGUGAGUUCCCUGAAGAUCUAUAAUUUGAUAAUACAGGCAAAUUAACUUUUGAACAGCUUACCUUCAGUGAUACUUCUCUUGCUCUCUUUCUUUCCCCCAGAGGAUUAUUUCCCCAUGCGAUUAUUCUCCAUGGUUUCUCCAGUGGAAACUUGUCAGUUUUUAGCAUUUCAGCACACUCCAUGGCCUAAUAGUCUCGCAUAGCAGGGUGGGGUGCCUGAGUUGGCGGCAAAGUUAGACUCCUGUGGAGGCGCAGCAAGAUCCCAGAGCACACACCCUCUGGAAAGUUACAACCUUAUUUGUAAGUUUUGCAAUGUAUUAAGAGACCAUCAAGAGGGAUUUAAAAACGAAAAUGAAAUACACUCUGAUUUGAAAGACUAUAUACAAAAAAAUAAUUUAAAAAAUUUUUAAAUUUCCUAAUGAGAUUUUUUUUAAUAAAUGAGAAGCUCAAGAAAUAUUUGAGGCUUUAAAAGAUCUUAUCCUUUCUAGAUUUAAGCAUUUUUCUGCAUAAUAAGAAAAGGGGAGAAAACAUACACCAAAAUAAGACCUCCCUGUUCCCAUUAGGUGGGUUUAUGAUUAAAUUCAUACUGAUUUUGAGCUAUCAUUGUUACAUGUGAAAAAAUGGCUUCAGCUACUUCUGCUACUAGUUGUUAGCAGGGCCAUCCAAAGUACAACUUGAGCGCAUUAUUUACCUAGUGCAUGAGCUUGUGUUCAUUUUGACUCUGGAUUUCUUAUAUAUGUAACAUUGUUGUCCAGCUAUCACUGAGAAAAUACAGGUGAAGUCCAAACAGCCUUGGGCUUUGGUUUAAAAAAAAAAACAAACCUCCAUUAACAGCCUGUGAGCCUACCCCUGCCAGAGAGACAAACUCUUCAUGGAAGAGUCACGUAUUUGCCCUUCCUUUAAAAGAAUGGCAUUUUAGUGUUACUUUGCUGCCAGAUGUUCAUCUGGUUGCUGUGAAGUGAUUUUUUUAAAAAGAAAAAAAAAUUGUUCUCUAAGGCAGGACUGAAAAGAGAACCAGGAAGGGUUGCUUGAUAGAAAAGUUAUUUUCAAAAACUUUCAGACUUGUCAAAAAUCUGGUUGAUGGCAUUUUAUUAGCUGCCCUAACUCUGUAAUGCUAGGCUCUAACAGUGCCAAAAAUCCUACAUAGUUACUGACAAAUGUGUGAUCUCUUUACAGUCACACCACCUGCUGCUCAGAAAGCAGACUAUCUGGGGAGAAUGGUGAAGGCAGAAAGUUACCAUGUGUUCCAACUGUAUUCGCACUGUUCUUACUUCCUCUUGUCCCUUUCAUAACUUAGUCUGUUCAGCCUUAACAUUUCAAAGGCCUAAAGUAUAAUUAAUAGAAACUGAAGAUCUGUAUCAAAAUGUACCACUUCUUUCAUCUUUUGGAAUAAUUGAAGUUUUAGCAAAAUCCCUACUUGUAUGUAAGUUGACGGGUGAGAAAUGUGGCAUGAAACUUCACAAAUGUGCUUCAAGCCUAAGUGACUGAUACCUGUUAUUUAAAUGACAGUAAAUAUAUUGCUACAUCUUUCUGUUUCACCCUCUGCCAUCAUAUAUCUUAAAAUGGAGCCAUGAAAUGUGCUAACCUGAUAUUCAGGAAUUCUCAUUGAGAUAAAGUAUGUAAUAAUCUUGUUUUUUUUUUUUGUUUUUUUUUUUUUUUUUUAAUAAUCUUGUUUUAACAUGUUUGCAGUUUUACAAAGACACUUAGACUCCAAGCAUCCUCUCUUUACCUGAUAUAAACUGGAGUGUGUUGAAUAUCAGCCUUGGUGGGGCAGCCAGUCUUUGGGCAAUCUCAACCUUAACCCUGGGUUGCAGCAUCUGGGUUUAAUUGAUGAGAAAGGGAACUUAUAACAUGGUUUCCCUGGUGCUGUUCAUUACAGAAAUUUUGUGCUGGAUUCACUGAUGUCAUUCCCAACUUUGAUAUUAUAAAGGAGUGUUGUCAACUGGAGAAAAUUUGACUACAUGCUGUGUAUUUGAAUUUUGUCCAAACCUUUACAGAAAGGCAAAUCUAAAAUUAUUAUGUAUGUUGUUUACUUUUUUUUAACAGUGCUGGGGAUUGAGCCCAGGUCCUCGUGUUUGCUAGAUAAAUGUCCUUACCAUUUGUUGUUGCCUUAAGCAGUAGUUAUUCUAAGUAGAAAAAUACUUCAUGCAAUAAUAGUAAUUUUUUAAAGUGAGCCACUUGGAAUGUAGUGUCUGUUCAGGUGAGUUUACAACAGUGACCUCAUGUGUGGUUGGCUAGUGGUAAGUUUUAAAAUCUAGGAUGGCCUCAUGAAACAGGUCAUCUGGGAAGCAGUACCAAGGGGUCUACGUCACUGUAUCACUCUACCAGUGCUUUUCAGUAUGCCUAAUAGUUAUGCCAGAAAUCUUAACUAUAAUAUUGUGUAGAUGAAAUGCUACAUCUUCAAUUAAUGUGUAUUUUGAGUGCACUUUAAAAUAUUUUAACAGAGAGGACCAGAAAGGACUGGUGGAGGAUCCUCUCUGGCUACUAAAGAUGAUUAGUGAUCUUGUUUAUUAUCUGGCCCUCGUCUUCUGGAAGAGUGAGAGGCAUAUUAAACUUUCUUUGGUCAGUGUA